AUGGAAGAGGGUGAAAGGAGCCCCCUGCUGUCCCAGGACACAGCAGGCCAGGAGCUGGCAUCCUCCGUGAAGAGUCUACCCACUUCAAGCUGCCCAGGUCCAGCGCCCUGUGAGGACCAGGCGGGAGCCUGGGGCUGCAGCUGCUGUCCUCCUGGGGCCAAGUGCCAGGUCUCCAGGAGAGGCCUUGGGGGAGACCCGGCCCCCUCCCUCCCUAUGGGGAGCAGCUGUGUCAAGUAUCUGAUCUUCCUGUCCAACACCCUCUUCUCCCUGCUGGGCCUGCUGACACUGGCCAUAGGGCUCUGGGGCCUGGCUGUCAAGGGGUCUCUGGAAAGUGGUUGGGGAGGUCCCCUGCCCACAGACCCCAUGCUGGGGCUGGUGCUGGGGGGGUUGGCAGUCAGUGCUGUGAGCCUGGCUGGCUGCCUGGGUGCCCUCUGCGAGAACACCUGCCUGCUGCGCUGCUUCUCCGGGGCUGUCCUUGCUUUCCUGGUGUUCGAAGCCUUGGUGGGGGCUCUGGUGGUGGCCCUCUGGGGCCCACUGCAGGACAGCCUGGAGCACACCUUACGCAUGGCCAUCACCCACUACCAGGAAGACCCAGACCUGCGCUUCCUCCUCGACCAAGUCCAGCUGGGGCUGCAGUGCUGCGGGGCGGCAUCCUACCAGGACUGGCAGCAGAACCUGUACUUUAACUGCAGCUCUCCUGGUGUGCAGGCCUGCAGCCUUCCUGCUUCCUGCUGCAUCAAUCCCCAGGAAGACGGAGCCUCUAUCAACGACCAGUGCGGCUUCGGGGUCCUGGGCCUGGACAAGGACGCAGCUCAGAGAGUGGUGUACCUGGAGGGCUGUGGGCCCCCACUCCGGCAGUGGCUGCAUGGGAAUCUCUCAGCCAUAGGCAGCUACAUGAUCGUGGUUGUGGUGGUGCAGGGGGUGGAGCUCCUGCUGGCCACCCAGCUGAUUAGAGCCCUUGAUAUCCGCAAGAGGGUGGCAGCUGUCAGGGAGGCUGGAGCUGUCCAUCGGAGCCCUAGACCUGGUGCCCAGCUCUCUGCUAAACCCUCCCGGGGCUGA